AGGUCUCAGUCUGCAUUCUCCCUGGCUAGUGAAGAUAUGCCCAGUAAAGGAGUAGACCCUGCAUCAUCUGUGACUGAGGCUCUUUGGAGGCAGCAAAAAGGACAAUUCAGGAAACAUAAAGAACGCAAGCUCUCUGCAUUACCCAGCUGGAAAAGUGUGGACAGGCUAAAUGAAACAAAUCCGCCUUCUGUUUUUCAAAGCACUGAUGGAAACUGGGUAGCUUUGCAGAAUGUCACUUUGCCUCGUCCUCGAAUGCUCGCUAAACCAAAGAGUCAAGUGUUCAAAGCUUUGGAGAAUGAAUCCAGCGUUGUGUCUGCCUAUGACGAGAUGGGCUCAGACAGCGAGGAUGACUAUGACUGGAAUGUGGCCUUGAACAAGCUGCGUCGGAGACCUCGGCAAUUACCAGAUGAUUUCUAUUUUAACAAUUCCCAGUAUGGUACUGAAUGGGUUUAUGGCAAUGAUCAGUACCAGGCAGUGACCUCCCCUUCCUCUGGGUUAUACACCAAUACUGAGACACUGUUCUCCGAUUCGGAAACAUCUUCAGUAAACUCUUCCCAGGAAGCUAAAGGACCUAGCAAACUUCUCUGGUUACAAAGCAGAACUCAAACUGAUAUGCCCAGAAUGGAAAAAACACAUUUCCAUGGAGAACUGGAUGUAAAUUUCAAUCCACAGGCAACCAGCUUGGAGUAUUCGGACAGCAGUGAGACUGAAGAAGUCCAUUAUGAUUUAGAAAAGAGAUCAAGAAGGUGGAGGAAGAACAAAGCAAUCUCUGAAGAAUUAUGUGAAGAAAAAAACCGCACAAAAGUCAAGAUCAGGAUUCUAGGAUUUCAUCAGGAUUUUGAUGAUUUAUCAGAAACAGAUGUAAGCAGUGAGGAUCAGCAUCAUAAUAUCAAGCCUGACCUUAUGGAGGAGGAGCUUAAAUCCAGGUUAUUUCAGCUUGCUGCUAAAAUGAGUGACAAGGAAACAUCUUCUGGUGAAGAACAAGACUCAGAACCUAGAACAGACGCUGAAAACCAGAAGGAGAGUUUGUCCUCAGAGGAAAAUGGUAGAAGUAUUCAGGAAGAGUUAAAGAAGAAGUACUCUGCUGUCUCUCUCUGCAACAUAUCUACAGAAGUCCUGAAAGUCAUCAAUGCCACUGAAGAACUGAUAGCAGAAUCCACCAGUCCCUGUGAUUUCCCAGCUGACAUUCAGGACAGAGGAAGAGGGACCUUCCCACUGGGGACAGACCCCGUCAGACUUGAUGAGCAGCUCACCACACUGGAAGAAAACGUGUACCUGACAGCCAGCACGGUGUAUGGCCUGGAAGGGCAGCUGACCGACCUGGAAGAUGCCGCACGCAAAAUCAACAGUGUUACUGCAGAAUCUGAGCUGGCCGAUCUGGAGGAUCAGGUGGCCACAGCAGCCGCCCAGGUUCAUCACGCGGAGCUUCAGAUUUCAGAUAUUGAGAGCAGAAUAUCAGCUCUCACUGUUGCAGGUUUGAACGUGGCUCCAUGUGUUCGCCUGACAAGGAAACGGGAUCAAAAGCAAACAAACCAGAUGCAUACAAUAGACACAUCGAGACAGCAGAGGAGAAAACUUCCCGCUCCACCAAUAAAAGGUGAAAAAAUAGAUGAUUCUCCAGUUACCACUGUCAGAACAUUUAACAGAAACUUCAUGCUUCAAGGAUCUCUAACACAAAGAACUAAAGAGAGGAAAAGCACUGCCAAGGACUUAAUGGAACCUGCUAUAGGAUCUGCUGUGAUGUACUAA